CUUGUCUUACUAUGGCAACUUCAGCAAGGCAUUACGGCUAAUGACUAGGCUGUCAAGAGAGAGCAGGAAAUGCUUUCAAGAUAAUGAGAAAGCAUUCAAGCAUGCCUUUGAAGAAACUUUGGUUUACUACCACGGCUUUGAUGAAAAUACAGCUGAAGAACUCACAAGAAUAACUAAUGAUAUGGCAACAGUUCCAUCAACAUUCUCAUUGAUAAACUCUAAGUUCAAGGUAUCGCUACAACUUGAUAAGAAUAAGGAUAUCUCUAAGUUUAUCAAAUUCUUGGACGAUUUUUCAGACUCUGAGGUGCUUAGCUUUGGAGAAAUUAAUAUUCCAGUGGUAGUCUGAGAAAAAUCUAAGAGGGUAAUAGAUUUUUAUCCUCCUUCAGUAAAUAGCAAAAUUGAUAAGAAACUGAUAGAAAAGAUGCUAGAUACUCUUGUUCUUAAGAGUUUUGAUACCACAUGCAUAAGGUUCGUCACAAGAUACUCCUUGGGGUUGAAAUCCUUUCACUACCAAAAUUGAUCCAGAGUACCACUUGAGCAUCAAAGGUUCUCCACUCCAAUAGUGAAUGGAUUUGUUUCAGAUUUUAAAAAUUAUCAGGAGGAGGUAAAACUAGAGAUAACUUCCAUAAGAGAACUUGAUAUCCAUGUUAAGAAGAUAAAAGGAAUCAUUACAGAGCUGAUCCUUCCAGAAGAAUUAAUCAGAGAGCUUUUAGAUAUAGACAUUAAAGAUGACAUCCACAAUAAAUUAAGGAGAAUAGUCAAAUUCUGAACUGUCAAAGUAAGAAAUCCUGAAAAUCGCCAUGGCGAAUCUACUGAAAAGUAUAAAAGAGAAACUUUGCGUGAAAAUAGUCUAUAUCAAUAUAUCUUCGGAGACUUGAUACAGGUGAGGCUGGAGGAAGUAUUCAGCCCCAGCAUAAGUAACUCUUGCAUUCCUUCAUGGUACGAGAAGGAAGAUCUCUAUAAGAACAGCAGUCACCCACUUUGUAUAAUUGAUGAAGGAAAUUUAGCGAAUUCUUUUGACGAAAAGAAUCUGAUUGAGGUUUACUAUUAUGAUAGCUCCUCUAACUCUUUGCAAGCUUUCCAAGCAGACAGAGUAGAGAUAUAUGGCUAUAUCAUGAGAGCUUAUGAGCCAGAUGGUUACAUCCAAGUUCCAAAGUCUUGAUGCAAAUUCUUAAGAACUUCUGGAAGGAAUGAGCCAAGUCAUGAAGGCUUCUCAAAGUUUUGCAAUAACUUACUUUCUAAACCUCUAUGCAAAGUAGGAUGCAGCGAAGAUAUCCUAUACAGAGAUAGACUUGAUAUUAUUGAAGAACUAGAAGAAACUGCAUUCAUCAAAUGCGACUUUAUCUCCUUGGUAUCAGAAUGUGAAACUAUGUGGACUCUAAAAGAUCAAGUUUACUGUAUUGGCGAAACCUCUAUCAAAGAGAGCAGCAUCUACAAGAAGGUCCAAAGAUUUGAGUUUACAGAGAAGGAUUUCUCCUUAUUUAAGAACAGACAAGAGCUAGUAGAUGAACUCAAAGAUUUUACCUUUAAACAAGGGGUUAAACUCAUUGGAGGUUGCAUGAGAAAGUCAUUCAACCCCCUCCUCUCAUGCUUGAAGCUUAAGAUCACAGAUUUAUCUCUAAAAAUAGACAAUUCCGAUUUGAAGAAAUUUGACGAACACACCAGAAAUAGACUCAGAAAGCUUCUGUAUAGUCUAAACCUUGACUCUUUCAAGCUCACUGGCUCUUGCUUAAUCUCAAUCCCUGAAGGCCUUCAGAUUUGUCCAAAAAUCUCAAGAACAGAAUUUGACGAAAUUGUGGAUUUAAUUGCAUAA